AUGGAGCAUAUUACCCAUUCUAGCGCCCGGGAGCUUCGUUUUGUCGCCGUCAGCGGCCAGAAGGCUCAUCCGACCACAGACAAGAAAGAGCGCAGCUCGGUGCGUGCCUUCGUGAUGCGAGAUUAUCUCAGACAGAAGAGUGAUCCCACAUCAAAGUUUACCCCUGCAAACGUUGGCGAGCGCAUGGCUUCGCAUAUAUCACGAUUUCGAUCCGCCAGACCUUCUUCGACCGUAAAGCCCAGGAAGCGGAGAAUGGCAGCAACCCGUGAUCGCAGAUCAGGGGGAAAGCCGAAGAGUCAGCGAUUGCUCGUCCCAGCACUGCCCGAAUCAAAAGAGGAACAUUCAAGGAUCUCACGGCUCCACGAUCUGGACGCGUUAGAUCCUUUCGGCACGUUGGACGUUGAUCUCGACGGACCGCAAACCCAAAGUCUUCUCCAAUACUAUCAGACUUCUUUCUGGGCCAACUCGUUUGCUUGCAAUCCCGAGGCGAGAUGGAUUUCUGUUGCACUGAUGGACCCAGCAAUCAUCCAUGCGACAUUGAGUUUAGUAGCAAUCCACAGAAGAGACUGUUUCUCGAUAGAUCUGUCCAAGGUCUACUUCAAGCACCGGGGCGAAGCCAUGCAAAUUGUUGCGCGGAGGCUGAACAAUCUGCAAGAAUCUCUCAGCGAUGAGACAUUGGGCGCGGUAGCGCUUCUCUCCAGCUCCGACAACCACUUUGACUGGCCUGAGGAUGCUCAAACGACCCAUUCACAGGGCCUAGGCCAUUUGAUUUCCAUGCGUGGCGGUAUGGAGACUCUCAAUUCGAAUAGACACAUUCAGAGGGUGGUCGGAUGGGCGGACUUGCUGCAGGCCGCUAUGCAUGGUACCAGACUUCGAACCCGGAUGCCCAGCGUGGUAGAAGGAGCUUCAGCUGACGGUCUGAUUCCGGACGUUGACAGCGAAGAGGCGCAAGUGACUCCGCCAGGUAUUGUCUUGCAGGAUCUGCCUCAAGGCACAGGAGAUGUGCUGCGACAACUCCGCAUUUUGUCGUCUUUAAAGACAGUCCUACUCCAGGACCGCCAACAACAAUUAUGUCGGACCUUUAGCAAUCUACUUUGGAAACUCGAGUAUUCUAUCCUCGAUGUGCCAGAGAGACCGGCGAGCGCGGCUGACCACAGUCAUGAGCAUGCACUCACCCAAGACAGGCUGAUGGAAAUCGUGGUGGGGAUCGCUACGCUGAUAUUUUCAUAUCUUACUCUCCGGGACCUUGCUGCACCGAUACUCUACCUCAGGCUGAGCGGCCGGUUGAGGGCUUAUGUAUCCGCAAUGAUGACUCCUCUGCAAAAACCACAAAAGCACGCGGAACCAGCCAAUACUGAGGGCCAGCUCCUGGGUGAUGAGUUUCUGGGCGACAGCCAGCUCGCCAUUUUCUUGUGGUCGCUUUAUCUCGGUUGGCGCGGCUCACAAAACGACGUGAAGAACCGGACCUGGUUCGCAGAACAAGUUGCACAGCUUUGCUGGAGACACGGAAUCCUGUCGCAUGAGACAAUCAGGGGGAAGAUCCAGAGCGUGAUCCCCCAAGCGCAAGACUCGUUGAAGAUUGAAGAAGGGUUCUGGGACGAGGUAGAAGAUAUUAUAUGGUCGGAGAUGAUCUCUCUGCACUAG